AUGUUCUACCUCUUCCUUGUUAUCCCAGUCCAUCUGGCUUUAGCAUCUGCCCAAAAAUAUCUUGCUCCCCAGACACCGCUCAGCUUUGUUGGCGAUACGAACACUUUAGCCUUGAGUUCGAGUUGUCCUUUCGACAGUCCUGUUUCCUGUCACAACUCCACAGCUGAGAGGAAUCUUUGCUGCUUUGAGGCACCAGGAGGCUUGUUACUUCAGACUCAGUUUUGGGACACCGCACCACCGACUGGUCCUACUGAUAGCUGGACUAUUCACGGGUUAUGGCCAGAUAAUUGCGACACUUCGUUUGAACAAAACUGUGAUCCAUCGCGAGCCUACACAAGCAUCCCCUCUCUACUUAUCAAAAAUGAGGCUGCCGAUGUCCUGGAGUUCAUCAGACAAUACUGGGUAGACAUCAAUGGUCAGAACGAACGUUUCUGGGAACAUGAAUGGAGCAAGCACGGUACUUGUAUGAGCACUCUCGAGCCUAAAUGCCUUCCAGCUGGAAGCAGCAGGGGCGCGGAGGUAGAUGUUCUAUAUUCGCAGCAAAUGCAGCGAAUAACAUCUUUGGCUACAGGCUGUUGCGUUUUUCAAGACCGUGGUAGCCCUUUUCAAGUCUCUCCCUACAUAUGGAUGGCUUUCGAGCCAAGGGAUCUUACCAUCGUCCUCCCAAACCUUCACUCUAGCGACGCUCACAGGGGCACUUACUACGGCCUCAGGGGUGGGGCUUUACACCUCAACUUGAUUGCAGAGGCCAUAAUCUAG